CCGGUCACACUCACCCAGGUUCGGGUUGUUUUAGGGAUGGCAUCCUAUUACCGACGCUUCAUCAAGGGGUUCGCCGGCAUAGCGAAGCCCCUCACGAACCUGCUGAAGAAAGAGGAACAGCUGAUCUGGACGUCGGAAUGCGAAGCAGCGUUUCAGGCGUUGAAGGAGGCUCUGACAUCUGCUUCUGUGUUGGCGCGCCCCGACUCGACAAGACCAUUCGCACUGUACACAGACUGGCAGCCUCAGGCGAUAUCGGCGGUGCUGACUCAGCACGGCAAGGACGGAAGGGAGCACGUCAUUGAGAAUGCGUCCAAGACGCUAAGCCAGGCGCAGGCUAAUUAUGAAGCGUGCAAAGGUGAAUGUCUGGCGGUGGUGUGGGGCAUUCAGCAUUUUCGACCGUAUCUGUACGGUCAGAAAUUCGUGCUGGUUACGGAUCAUCAGCCGCUGCUAUCCCUACGCAACAACACGGACUACACGGGGACACUGGGCAGGUGGGCGGUGCGUCUGCAAGACUAUGACUUCGACAUCCUCCACCGUGUCACGCGGCAGCAUGGUAACGCCGAUGUAUUAACGCGCCUUAUGCCGCCCAACAAGUGUCCCACCAACAAGCGACUCAUUCCGUGGAGGCCAGAAGUCGCGGCGAUGAAACCACACUACGGGGAACUACACGUGCUGCGGAGCAGGAUGAACCAUCGCCAGCCGGAGCAUGAGCCCCUCGAGCUUUUCCAGACGCCGCUUGCAAAUCGCCUGUUGCGGCAUCGGUUCAAUGAGGAGAGGCAGUUGCGGUACGACAUUCAGCAGGUGAACGUGCCGGCGCCCUGGGUUGCAGAUUUGGCGGCGUACUCGUUGCUUUGCGAUCGGCUGACGUAUGCGGGGGUGUACGUGGACGUGACGCAGUUGCCUGGCCGGGAGACGACCCGAGUAUUCAUUGAGUUCCGCGCGCUCCAGGUGGCACCCAAUUUCGUGCACAGCGUCGCCACCUUCAUCGGAGACUUGACGAUCCUACCGCAGCCGAAUCGGGAGCCGGCGCGCAGCUUUGUGUGCGAAUACGCGGUGGAAGCGGCCAGAUCAGUGGCCAGAUUGCAAGGUCGGGGGGGACACCGAUUCACAGCCCACGAAGUGCUGCUGCGUAGGGCAGCGGACGAACCGAUUGCGUUGGUGUCGCAGCUCCCCGCGCUUCUCCCUCCCGCUGCUCCUCUCAACUUCCAAGCUAUUCCCCCUCUAACUGACGUGGAGCCGCUGCCCUUCGCCGACAAAGACGCGUGGGAGUUGCAAAGUGCGCUGUACAAGUCGGUGGCGUUGGGGAUGUUCCGGUUCUUCGUGGAUCACGAAGACCACGCUAUCGGGGAGCACUUCGUCGUUUACUACGUCAUCGCGCGGCCCAAGCCAGCGGAGAAGGAAGGGACGGUGGCGCUGUACCCCUUCGCCCAGCUCCAGACAAUCGAUCCGGGAUUGUUGGAGCUCAUACAUCUUGAGCUCCUCUGCAUUGCGCAAGUGAUCGCGAGCGAGGAGGAGGAGAUCCAACCACGAUUGCGGACGACGACGGCCCCGCGGAGAACGUACAACGUGGUCGUCAUCCCGGAUUACAUUGCGCAGCGCGCGGAGAGAUUGGAGGACUUCCCGGAGGAAAGGCCGUUGCGUCCUCCCUCGUUGUAUCCUCGACCAGCGCCACCGAAGGCCCCCAAGAAGACGCCGAAGAGGAAGAGACGCCACCCGUCGCCAGGAGCGCAAGGCAGCAGGAUCGGCGGCGGCGAGGAGGUGAUUCAGCCCGCGCGUACGCGGAUUCCUGACCCUGUGCCUUGGAGUGCGGCGACGCUCGUUAAGGAGACUAUCGUGCCAUCGCCGCCCAUUCCGCGUGUGCCCGAUCUCAGUCUUGAUGGAGCCCGGGCAUCAGCAGCAGCAGCAGCCGGAGGAGGAAACCGAAUGGGAUUUCCGGAUCCCAUAUCCAAACCCCCCGUCCUCGCGGGACCUCUCCGUUCCCGCCAGCCACCCCGGGGUGCCCCGGUCAUUGACAUUAGUAGUUCAUCCGAGCCGGACGGUCCAUCCGACCGAGAUGGACUUCAUGGUGGAGCCCGCCACCAUCAGGCUCGAGGCCAUCGCGGGGGCGCCGCGCCCUUAUCCGGCGUGGGAGCCAUAUCUGACACCCCCUUUCCAAGGGUGUAUUGCGGCGCGAUUGGCCGGGACGCUCAUCUACUAGACUGGGCAGCGUCCAAAUGCGAUUUACCACUUCCUGGUCUUCGCGGCGCAGAAGCGAGAGCGGCGGCCUUACACCGAGACUCAUGUGGUGAUGACGGGUCCAGGGCCCCAAUCGGUGCGCAAGCGGGUGGUGCGAGCGGUAGCGGAUCUGGAGCCACGUGUCCUCUCACAUGUGCCGGGGGCUUUCCUUUACCCCUCAUUCGUCCAGCAUCACUUCCAUGAGGAAGAUGCGCCGACGACUCCUGCGGCAAUGGCCGC